CACAUCGUCCAUUAUCCACCCACCCAUAGAUUCACCCAGCAUACACUUGGCUACAUUUAGCUAGCUAGCUCUCGUCGGCGACGAUGGCGGGGAGGCGGCAGGCAGCCUGGUGCCUGGUGGUCAUCGCUCUGGCGGUGACGCUGGCGGUGGCGUCGGCGCAGCCCGUGCAGCCGAGGGUGGGCGGGCCGGGGAAGAAAGGCGCCAAGAUGCCGCCGGGCAAGUUCGAGACGGUGACGUUCGCCAAGAACAACAAGCGCAAGUACGAGGUGGCCUGCACCGACAACCGCGGCCCGCCCUGCGUCGUCUCCUGCCCCAAGACCUGCCCCAACAAGUGCCUCGCCUUCUGCGAGUACUGCAUGACCUUCUGCAUGUGCGACAUGUUCCCGGGCACGUCGUGCGGGGACCCACGCUUCACGGGCGGCGACGGCAACACCUUCUACUUCCACGGCAAGAAGGACCAGGAAUUCUGCAUCGUCUCCGACAAGGACCUCCACAUCAACGCACACUUCAUUGGCAACCACAACCCCGAUAUGAAGCGUGACUUCACGUGGGUGCAGGCCCUCGGUGUCACCUUCGUCCAUGGCGGCGCCGACCACCGUCUCUACGUAGGUGCCAAGAAGGUCGUCGAGUGGGACGAGGAGGAGGACCAUGUUCAGAUCACCCUCGACGGGGUGCCCGUGGAGGUGGAGGCCGGCAAGAAUGCCCAAUGGGUCUCUAGGGCCAUGCCGGGACUCUCCGUCACUCGCACCGACACGGUGAACACCGUCGUCGUGGAGCUCGACGGCGUGUUCAGCAUAUCCGCCAAUGCCGUGCCCAUCACUGACGAGGACUCCCGGAUCCACAACUACGGGAAGACCGAGAAGGAUAGCCUCGUGCACCUCGAUCUCGGGUUCAAGUUCCACACCCUUACGAAUGCGGUGGACGGCGUGCUCGGCCAGACCUACCACUCAAACUACAUCAGCAAGGUCAAUGUCACGGCCAAGAUGCCCAUAAUGGGCGGCGCGCCCAAGUACCUCUCGGCCAGCCUCUUCUCCACAGACUGCACCGUCUCCCGGUUCCACCGUAAUGGUGACGCCGCCAUCGAGACGUUCGCCUCAUAAACCAUUGGUUCAUGGAUCUACACGAGAAAUAAACAAAUAUCAACCGUAAGGGAGUGCAAUCAUCUCCAUCAUGCUGUUGUGGAGUAUAUAUGCGUGAAUCUCACACGAUUAAGGUUGUGAAAUAAGUUUCAAGUCAAUAAUUGAAGCAAAGUGUAUACCAUGUUAGUAACUUAACAUUUUUUAAGAAGAAGAAAAAAAAUCAUUGUUCUUACA